AUCAGGAGGCAGAUGAAACUCCAGCUGGACCACAUGCUCUGUAUCCAUCUGCAUAUAGGAUAAAGCGCGGGACGUAUUCGCUCAUCAACCCCACGUUCCUGCGAUCGGCGGAGGAUGUGGACCUGCUUUUUGAGAUCCUGCUGGCUGGAAUGCAGAUCCAAGAUGGAGAACACCACAUGCUGAUCCCAGAUGAGGAGCUGGCCUCCCUGAGGAGCGUGGAGAAGCUGGAGGUCAUCUGUGAAGACGUCCUGCCCAAGUCGCUCUCAGACAUCCGCCGCCUGACAGUGGAGCUUGGCCGGCGCCGCCAGCCUUUGAGCUGGCAGGACUUCGAGAGGACGGUGCUGACGCUGGUGUACACCACCCAGACGCUGGCUGCAGCGAGCAGCCAGCAGCAGAAGGAGGCAUGGACAGACGCAGCGGUGCAGCUGUUCAGAGCCCUGCAAAAAGACCUCAAAUCCUCUUGAGGGAGGAUCACAAGAUUUAUUAUUUUAAGAUGUUUUUAUGGGCAUUCACUUGCUUAUGGUCACUGAUUUAUUGUAUGUGUUACACUGCAGUUCCUGUCUGAAGCUUUUUCCAAGAAGUUAUCGAUCCAGUAUACUGAUUGUUAUAGAAUACAAGAAAUCAACCAAAAAAGUUCCAUCCACUAGUUAUUGAAAACACUAGUGGGUGGACCUUAAAGGUCUCCUAUUAUGCUAUUUUUAGGCCUAUAUUAUGGGUCUCAGAUAUAUAAAAAUAUAUUAAAAAACAUGUCUAUGAUGUGUUUUGCUCAAAAUACCAAACAGAUCAUGCAUUUUAGACAUCCCUCAUAUCCCUCUAGUUCAGCCCUGUUAGAGAAGCGCUGAUUCUGUGACUGUAACUUUAAAUUCGGCUGAUGCUGGCCCCGCCCCCGUUUGAGCACGGCAAGGCAAGCAGUGAGGUCUCCUCUCUGCCGUGAUUAAAUGCCAUAUUAGGUUCCAAACCACUUCAAGGAUUAUUUCUGAAACAGUAUGGAGCUCAAAUGCUUUUUCUCUUGCGGGUUUAUCACAAAGUGAGUUCCUUUUUUUAUUUCCUGCUUUUUUACACAUAUUCUCUCCAGUACAGGUUAGCUAUGAGUGUUAGUGAUGCUUGCUAAUGUAAACAAAGACCAUAUUACUUCCAAAAAAUGUUGUGCUUUGUUUCUGAUAGUGACGUUUCUGAUAGGGCCGUGGGUGUAAAGCCAGCCCACAUUUCAGAUAUUACGUCAUAUCGGACGCAAAUCUGGAUCAGCUCCAUUGUACCCUCGUUUUUAGAGAUUUGUGUACGGAGGAAAAGAGAGAGGUUUUGUUUUCUGACACUUUGUGAGUUUCCUGACACAACGGGGACACAAACAAACUUGCCUGAUAGGAGACCUUUAAGAUAUGAUAUUUUUUGUAUUUCUGAUAACAAAUAACUUUCAAACUCAAUUAUUUAAUGCACUUUACGCUUUUGUACCAACGAAUCAUCGAAUAGCUGUCAAUUUAACUUCAGACCGUUCCUUCUCUAAAGGUUUAAGCAGAGACAAGCCAUUCAAGAAAAUGUCAAAAUAUGUCUCCUUUAUGUAAAGUUAAUCUACUUUCUACUAGAUAACUUGAUUUAUUUCCAUCUUUUUUUUGGCGUUUUGUUUCUAUUACACAUUUCUGAUUAAA